AUGCCAGAACAAAAAAAUACUCUGCAAAAACAAUCUCAGUCUCAUAUUUCCUUGGACCAUGAAAAGAUGCAACAACCACCACAAGGAUUUUUCGACAGACAACCAAAUGGCCAAGAGCCAAACUUGAAGGACUUUGCCACCUACCAAAAAUUGUACAAUCAAUCGAUUCAAGACCCAAAUGCAUUUUGGACUAAACAAGCUCAAGAAUACUUGCACUGGUCUAAACCAUUUGAAGUUGCCAGAUUCCCACAAGACCCCAAGGAUGACUUUAAAAAUGGAGACUUGCCCGCUUGGUUUAUCAAUGGUGAAUUGAAUGCAUGCUACAAUGCAGUUGACCGCUGGGCAUUGAAGAACCCCAACAAGCCAGCAAUUAUCUAUGAGGCUGACGAGGUUGGAGAAGGCAGAAUAAUCACUUAUGGAGAAUUGUUGAAGGAGGUUUCCAAAUUGGCCCAGGUUUUGGUCAAGUUGGGCGUCAAGAAGGGCGACUCGGUUGCAGUGUACUUGCCAAUGAUUCCAGAGGCUAUCGUUACAUUGUUGGCUAUUGUCCGUAUUGGUGCCAUGCACUCUGUGGUUUUUGCCGGCUUUUCUUCAGCCUCUUUGCGUGACCGUAUCUUGGAUGCCGACUCUAAGAUUGUUAUUACCGCUGACGAAUCCAAGAGAGGUGGAAAGACUAUUGAAACAAAGAAGAUUGUGGAUGGCGCAUUGAAGGAAUGCCCAGAUGUACGCAAUGUUAUUGUGUUUAAGAGAACUGGUAACCCACACGUGCCAUUUGACAAUUCCAACGGAAGAGACUUGUGGUGGCACGAGGAGAUGGCCAAGAAUGGCUCUUAUUUCCCACCAACCCCAAUGAAUGCCGAAGACCCAUUGUUUUUGCUUUAUACCUCGGGCUCUACCGGUAAACCCAAGGGUGUCCAACACACCACUGCCGGUUACUUGUUGGGUGCACUCAUGACUACAAAGUAUACCUUUGACGUUCACGAAGAUGACAUUUUAUUCACUGCUGGUGACAUUGGCUGGAUUACAGGUCACACUUAUUGUGUUUACGGUCCAUUGUUGAAUGGUGCCACCUCUGUGGUGUUUGAAGGUACCCCUGCUUAUCCAAACUUUUCAAGAUACUGGGAAAUUGUUGACAAGUACAAGGUUAACCAAUUUUACGUUGCUCCAACGGCUUUGAGAUUGUUGAAGAGGGCCGGUACCAAGUAUAUUGAAAACUAUGACCUUGGCUCAUUAAGAGUUCUUGGUUCUGUUGGUGAACCAAUUGCAGCUGAGGUUUGGCACUGGUAUAACGACAAUAUUGGUCGUGGUAAAGCCCAUAUCGUUGACACUUAUUGGCAGACAGAGUCUGGUUCUCACUUGUUGACUCCAUUGGCUGGUAUCACACCAACAAAACCAGGAUCUGCCUCUUUGCCAUUUUUCGGUGUUGAACCAAAGAUUUUGGACCCAACCACUGGUGCUGAGUUGAAGGAUAACGACGUUGAAGGUGUCUUGGCUAUUAAACAAGCAUGGCCAUCCAUCACAAGAGGUAUCUACAAUGACUAUAAUCGUUUUAUCGACACUUAUUUGGCACCAUACCCUAACCACUACUUUAGUGGUGAUGGUGCAGCAAGAGACCUUGAAGGCUUUUACUGGAUCUUGGGUAGAGUCGAUGAUGUUGUUAAUGUGUCUGGCCACAGAUUAUCAACUGCUGAGAUUGAAGCUGCUUUGAUUGAACAUCAAUUGGUUGCCGAGAGUGCCGUUGUUGGAUAUGCUGACGAAUUGACUGGUCAAGCUGUUGCUGCUUAUGUCGCUUUGAAGAAGGAUAAGUUGCCAGCCAAUACAACUGAAGAAGAUCUCGAACUCAUUAAAAAAGAGUUGGUUCUCACUGUGCGUAAAGAGAUUGGUCCAUUUGCUGCACCAAAGUUGAUUCUUUUGGUUGACGACUUGCCAAAGACUAGAUCUGGUAAGAUUAUGAGAAGAAUUUUGAGAAAAGUUCUUGCUGGUGAAGAAGACCAAUUGGGUGACACUUCAACAUUGUCCAAUCCACAAGUUGUCCAACAAAUUAUCGACAUUGUUCACAAGAGCAAGAAGUGA